CAAGCGAGCCGGCAAACAGAGUCUGAACACAGACCGAAUUGAAUGAAUGAAUCGAAAUCUCCAGUGAAGAGCUCUCCCUCCCUCUCUCUCUCUCUCUCUCUCUCUCUAAGUAAAACACAUAUUGCCACCAUCCUCGGGUCAAAUUGAUCUGAACCUAUUUCCCUGUCCGUCGUCUUCUUCCACAAUUUCAAAGAAAAAUCUUUUUUUUUUUAGCUGAACCCGGCGACUAUUUCGUGUGGGUGAAUUUCUGGGGAGGACCCAUCUGGAGAAAGCCUCGCCUGGUGCGGGGAUUUCGGAUCAGAACGCUCGAUUUGUUAGUAGGUAAUCUCCGAGCUUUUGCAAUGCUUCGAUUUCUUGGGAAAAAGGGCUCACUUUCAGGUUUGACCCAGGAUCCAGGUCUUGAAUCUUGCAAGCAAAUUCCUUUUCUCCGAAUCGAAUCUUGCCUUCCUGUCGAUCGAUUCGCCUGUAAUGGAGAUAACCUGCUGCCUCAGAACGAGGCGUAGAAGCAACACCAGAGGAGCAGGAAAGUCGCAGAAGGGAAGCUCAUCAUCAAUGGAGAGAUGGGCAUCCGGAGAGGAAGAAGCUGAAAACAGCAAGAUCGUCUUCUUCGGAGGGAGUAACUGUCAUGCAUUUCGUCUGGAUGAUUUGCUUAGGGCAUCUGCCGAGGUUAUGGGAAAGGGCAGUUUCAGUACAAGCUACAAGGCAGUUCUUGACGACAUCACGACAGUGGUGGUGAAGAGAUUGAAGGAGGAGACGGUCGCUGUCGGAGUGGGAGAGUUCGAGCAGCAGAUGAAGAUGGUCGGAGCGAUCAGGCAUGAGAAUGUGACAGAGCUCAAGGCUUAUUAUUACUCCAAAGCCAAUAAGCUCGUCGUUUAUGGCUAUCACAAUCAGGGAAGCCUCUCAGAGAUUCUGCAUGGAGGACGAGGAGAGAAGAGGGAACCUUUGGAUUGGGAUGGAAGGUUGAGAAUGGCCAUCGGAGCAGCAAGAGGGCUCGCUCAUAUCCACGAAUCAAACAACGGGAAGCUCGUCCAUGGCAACAUCAAAUCAUCGAACGUGUUCACCAAUUCCAAAAACUACGGAUGCAUCGGAGAUAUCGGCCUAACCCCCGUAGUAAAAUCUCUCCCUCAGUCCGUCACCCGUUCUUCCGGUUACCAUGCGCCAGAGACAAUAGACACGAGAAAAUCCACGCAGAUUUCAGACGUGUACAGCUUCGGGGUGGUGUUGCUGGAAAUUCUGACCGGGAAAUCUCCGGCGAGUAAAGGAGCGCGUGGGGAAAACAUGCAUUUGGCGAGCUGGAUAAGGUCGGUGGUGUUAAAUGAAUGGACGGGUGAAGUGUUUGAUAUGGAGCUUAUGAGGCAUAGCAAUGGCGGCGGCGUGGAGGAAGAGAUGGUGGAGAUGCUGCAGAUAGGGUUGGCUUGUGUGGAUGUGAAGCCCGAAGAGAGGCCGAUGAUGAGAGAUGUUCUGAGAAUGAUGGAAGACAUUCGACCACUGCUCGAUGACGAUGUUGAUGCAUAAUGACAUUAAUUAAGUACCAUGAUUAAGUUUCUCAAAAACAUUUAUUUUCUUUUAAUUUUUCUAAAAAAAAAUAUUCGUUGCACAUAUUAUAUACGUUUGUGAUUGCUAAUCAAAUCUGUACAUGAGCCCCCA